AUGGAUGAGUUCACGGCAGAUACUCAAGGUGAUUCAAUUUUGGCAGGCAUCAGUUUGUUUACAUCCGAUCAAAUUGCUGAUUAUAAACAUCCAAAUCCACAUAUCGCCUCCCCACAAUCUUUGCCAAUCCCGAACGAGUUUCCAGAUUUCCCCUUUCCUAAUCCCUACCCUCAACAGCUUGCUCUGAUGCAGUCCAUAUACGGUACGCUGGAACGGAACCGAUGUGGUAUCUUCCAAAGUCCGACUGGCACGGGGAAAUCUUUGAGCCUUUUGACCGCCUCACUUCGGUGGUUGUUGGACAGAAACUCCACUGUCCAACCUAAACUAAAAGAUCUCAGAGAGAAACUGAAGGCGAUCAAUACACUUUCAACGCAAUCUAAUUUGGACUGGGUCAUGGCGUAUGAGAAAAGCAGAAAGGAAAAACUCAUGAUAGAACCGGAAUUGGAGGAAUUGACUCGAGUAAAUGACUGUCUUGAAAAGAUAAGUGACUUAAAAAACUCUUCUUCAAAAUUUUUAUCCGACCUCUUGAAUGAUUCUGGUGUUAAAUCUUCUGCGCAUCCCGUUGCCACAGACCCGCAAGAGGAAACUUCUGACGAAGGAAUACAGGCGGAAGAGUUUCUUCGCGACAUAGCCAACGAAAAUCGUGAUCCUGUAGAAGAUGAGGAGUGCUCAAAACCAACUACUGAUGUUGAACAACAUCAGAUUUUACAGAUAAUCUAUUGCAGUCGUACUCAUUCUCAGCUAAACCAGGUUCUUGGUGAGUUGAAAAAAUGUCGAAAUCUUAUCAACCAGAUAACGGCCGUACAACUUGCCGCUCGACACUCUCUGUGCAUCAAUAAAAGGAUCUAUAGACUCUCCCACCCAGAAGCUAUAAAUGAGGCCUGUUUGGAGUUGGGUCGUUCAAAGCAGAAAUGUCCAAUGCGAAACCGCUCGUCUGUCAGUAGAGUCUCAAACUGCAUUCUAUCUGGUGUACCAGCUUCUCUGAUUGCAUCUUGUGUUCGCCAGGACCGUUACUCAGAUCUUUUCGGCAAGCAAGCAGGCACCUUAAGAAACCAGGCAUCAGAUGUCACAGCACGUAUCGGCUGUCCAUACUACGCAACCCGCAAUGCUUUGCCUCUAGCCCAACUAAUUCUUGUUCCUUAUUCAACCUUACUGCAACCGGCAACCCGUGCACAGUCUGGAAUUUUUCUGAAGAAUGCUGUGAUCAUAAUCGACGAGGCGCAUAAUCUGCUCGAAGCGACCACUUCCAGCAUGUCCGUCCUAUUACAUCUACGUGAUAUUCAUUCGGUUCUGACCGUGCUUCGUUCUUACCAGCAAUACUAUGCCUCUCGAUUUUCAUCCGUUUUCUCGCUCCGACUCAAACAACUGAUUUCUUUUGUUCAGUGCCUACAAAACGUUUUGACUGCACGCCGUAGCAAUGUGACAGGCUCUUCGGAAUCUCGUGUAGUCACUGUGUCUGGGAUGUUAUCUGAGGCCGGUGCCGACAAUAUGAGCUUACAUCAACUAACGGACUGCAUGCACCAGAAACGAAUGGUUGCUAAACUUGCCGGUUUCGCCAAAUGGCUCGUGGACAAAUCCGGUAGGCCGACAACAGUCAAACGACAGAUAGAUUCAGAUCUACCCGUGGGAAUGCACGCACUGUUAACUAGAAUGAAACGAAGGAAUACGGACCAACAGGACGACGAUUCCGUUGGCGCACCUUUUACUCACGGUGGCUCCGGGGAGACCUCGAACGGUUCAACUCCAUCAAAACCUACUGACCUCGAAGGAUGCAGUUCGAGUUUAUACAAGUUUCAGGCGUUUCUGGAUGCCGUGAUACUCAGUGAAGAUGAUGCACGUGUGCUGAUAACUCCCGUUGGCCCAAAUCCAUUGGACGCUUCGACUGCUUCAACUGACACCAAGGGACCUUCACUGUACUUCACAGUUUUAAAUCCGGGACGCUAUCUUCGGGAUCUCGUGCAACAAUCGCGGUGUGUUUUGUUGGCUGGUGGUACCAUGGAACCGUUCGAAGAACUGAUCGAGCAGGUGUUUGUGCCAGCUGGUAAACCACCCGAAAACACUGUCGUUUUUUCGUGUGAUCAUGUUAUUGAUCCGAAGCGACAGUUGGCAGUAUACCCGGUGGCUGAAUCGCCGAACGGACAAAUGCUGGAAUUUACUUACCAGAAACGCUCCACUCCUCAGGUGAUGGAUGAAUGCGGCGAGGUUAUUUUGCAAAUUUGCUCCCGUACACCAAAUGGAAUUGUCGUUUUCCUUCCAUCCUAUGACUAUCAGCAGUCGGUCUGCUUACGUUGGGAAAAAACUGGUCUGUUGGAACGACUAAAUAAACAAAAGCGCGUGUUUCGUGAGCCAAAAAAUCCCAGUUCCUUGACUCAGGUUAUGCAGGCCUAUGGUGCUGCCUGCACUGAAAGCCAGUCCAAUGGUGCAUUGCUCAUUUGCGUGAUUGGAGGUCGAUUGAGUGAAGGAAUCAACUUUAGCGAUAAACUGGCCCGAGCUGUUAUCAUUGUUGGAAUGCCGUAUCCGAAUCCACAGUGUCCUCUGCUGCGUGAAAAGAUGGCUUAUUUGGACCGCCAGUUUUCCAGAAUCGGUGCAUCGUGCUCUAGAAGCAGCCCAGGACGACUACAUUACGACGGGUUGUGUAUGCGCUUGAUAAACCAAGCAAUUGGGCGGGCUGUACGACAUGCGAACGACUAUGCGGCGGUGGUUCUCCUCGAUCGGCGGUUUUCUCGCUCGUC